AUGUCAUCUGAAGGAAAAACAACUGAUCUUACGCUUGACGAUCUUGAUAACAUCGACACAACGUUGUUGACACUGAGGAAGCCGACGGAAUUAAAGAAAGUGAUCGAUUCAGUGCCAAAACCUGUGAGAGCCGUGCCAAAAAAUGGCUUGCCUCUGUGGUACAAACUGGGGCUGGAGUGUAAGUUGCCUGUGCCAAAAAUGCCGGUCGGGAAAGUUAUAUUUUCGCGCGGGAGGAUCGGAGAAGAUGUCCGAAGACUUGGCCUGGGCAUCGGCAGCGGUCCUCGCCCUACCUUCGACCUGACAGAUCCAUACUGCAACAACGUUACCUACGACUACGUACCAAUGCAUGACCCACACUUGGCUCAUCAUUUUGCACAAAAACCAGCGAGGAACAGAAUGAAGCAACUUGGGUUCUGCACGAAGGAUGGGAGGGCAGUGUGUUCUCUAAAGGAGUUCAAUCAGUAUAGAAAGUAUUUGUACAACCAGUUCAUGGAUAGGAUUCAUAUGGAGAUGAAGAAGCUGGAUGAACGUGCAAAAGACGACUUGACCCUCAAACGAGUGGAGACGGACGUGGCCAGGAGAAUGCAGGUGUUCACGAAGGCUGAAAAAGCAAGGGAACACCUCGCGAAGGUGGCUCAGGAACAUGCUGAUGAGUGGGCUGAGAAGAAAGCUGCUGCCAAAGCCCACGAGAAGAAAAUCCAAGCUAGGAUGAAUUAUUUAGCAGAGUACAAUGCUAAGCAACGUAGAGAGCGUGCGAUGAAGGCUCGAGAUAAACAGAAUAGAAUCAAGCAGAGAGUGCAAGCCGCAGCUGAGAUGGAACUUCGACGUAAGAUCACCAUGGUGCGCCAGUGGAGAGCGAAUGAGAAGAAGAGGGUAAAUAGACUCAAGGCCGAGAGGGAGGCCAAGAUUUUGCGGCUGGAAAAUGAGGCAAAUAGUAAAUGGAUCGCUCGCGUGGAAGCUCAGAACACGAAGUUGCAGGAAGAAGCUCUGCUGCUACAGCUGUACUCUGACGAUAUGACAGCUGGAGCCAGGCGAAGAAGAAAGAAGGCAGAAGUGUACGCGUACAAUACAGAUUUAGAGUUGCAACGUAUCAGAUUAGCUAAUUGGAAGUUGAUGCAUGGAGGGACUGCGAAGGUGGCACGCCUCGUCAGAAAGAUGGGCUCGGAGUUCGAAAAGUCGAAGCGUGGUGCCAAGGGUAUGAGUCCGCAUUUGGCUCAGAAGAUGGCCGCUGAAGCGAUGGCUAAUGCAAUGUCCACGUCUGGAGAUACUCUCAUGAUGCUUGGACAGGCACGAGCCAGAAUGGAUAUGGAAACCAUUCUACCUUUGGCUCCGAUACAAAUUGUAGAUGAGUUGUUGGAGUCCACUAUCAGGGAGUUUGCUCGUCGUCGCGUGCACAAUCUCCUUGUGGACGUGGAACGAGCAGUACAGGCUCGUGCCUCCCUGAUAUUCUUCCAGAACUUCAAACCUUCUACCGCCAAGAAACGUAAUAAGCCGCGUUGGGCUCACCAAGUGCACUCGGAAAUGACGCGUCAGUUCUUGCACCAUCGUGACACUAGUCAGCUUGGGUUUGGUGAAGUCGUCAGGAUAGCAAAUGAAGAAGAAGUAGAUUUUGAUCUGAAAAGUGUUAAGGAUCGACCGCCUACGCCAGUGCCGUCGAAGACCAAACUGGCGGAGGUGACUUUUGUCGACAGAGUUGAAGAUUUGCCCGAUCCUGUACCCUCUUCCCUCCCAGAACGGAAGAAAUUACUUGAGAUGGUCAACAUAUCAGCGAGGUUGCUCUCCAGAUCUGUGAGCCAGAAGGUACAGAAAGGCAUGGACACCACAGUGGGGAAGGUGACUCUGCCACCAAUGCGGCAUCCCAUGGAAUGGGGUGAAGCGGUGGAAGGUCUCUCGACGGCCGUUGUGGAUAACCGCAUCAACGCAGACUGUGGCGAUGUGCGCCGCACCAGUGACUUCCUCACGCACAGAGUACUGAAAUCAUUGAUGAACAGCAUGAAGUUCGAGAGAAAGAGCGGGACUAUACCAACGCUGAAAGAUGUAUAA